AUGCUUUUAAGUACCUGUUCGCCCGUCUCGACAGUCAGCAGAUCUGCGCCGGAGAGAAAGUCGUGUGUUUCAUUAAACGCCGCCAAUGCGUGAACGCCAUGGGAAAACGUAUUCCGUUUGAUGACGCAAAUAAGAACCGAACGGAUCUGGAUAGUGUGCGAUAA